UGACUGGCCGGCAAGUUUGGGAGCACCCAGGCUUUGGUCCAGCUGCUGAGAAGAUGGGGGUCGGCCAGUCUAUUUGCUUUCCACCCAUCUCGGGACCCCACCAUGUUGGCUGCACAGAUGUGAUGGAGGGUCAGGGUCUCGAGGGGAGCUUCUUUCGACUUUUCUACCCGUGCCAAGCGUCGGAGAAGUGCGAGCAGCCGCUGUGGGUCCCCCGCUAUGAGUACUUCAUGGGCCUGGCCGACUACCUGGAGUAUAACAAGCGCUGGGUGGGGUCGCUCUUCAACCUGGGUCUCGGAUCUUGUCGUUUGCCUGCCAGCUGGAAUGGCCCCUUUAAGACAAAGGAUUCUGGGUACCCUUUGAUCAUCAUGUCCCAUGGCCUGGGAGGCUUCAGGGCAUUGUAUUCAACCUUCUCCAUGGAGCUGGCCUCCCGUGGCUUUGUGGUGGCUGUCGUAGAGCACAGGGACCAGUCAGCUGGGACCACCUACUUCUGUAAGCAGACUUCGCAGGAGAGCCAGCCUGCUGAAUCGCUGGAGGAGGAGUGGAUCCCCUUCCGUCGGAUCAAAGAAGAGGAGAAGAUAUUCCACGUCAGGAAUCCCCAGGUACACCAGCGGGCGAGGGAGUGCGUGCGGGUGCUGCGGAUCCUGCAGGAUGCCUCUGACGGGAAGACUGUCCUCAAUGUCUUUCCUGGUGGAUUGGACCUGUUGGCCUUCAAGGGUAGCAUCGACAUGAGUCGCGUGGCCGUGAUGGGACACUCAUUUGGAGGGGCUACAGCUAUUCUGGCUUUGGCUCAGGAAGUCCAGUUCCGGUGUGCUAUAGCCCUGGACGCUUGGAUGUUUCCUCUGGAGCACGACUUUUACCCCAAGGCCCGGGGCCCUGUGUUCUUUAUCAAUGCGGAGAAAUUCCAGACGGUAGAGAGCGUCACCUUGAUGAAGAAGAUAUGUGCCCGGCACGAGCAGUCCAGGAUUGUGACCGUCCUAGGCACUGUUCACCGGAGCCAAACUGACUUUGCUUUUGUGACCGGCAACCUGGUUGCUAAAUUCUUUUCCAGUCACAGUCGUGGGACCUUGGACCCGUAUGAAGGUCAGGAGGUUAUGGUGCGGGCCAUGCUGGCCUUCCUGCAGAAGCACCUUGACCUGAAGGAAGACUAUGAUCAAUGGAACAGCUUCGUCGAAGGCAUUGGACCAAGGCUCAUCCAAGGAAGCCCACCACAGCUGUCCAGCCUCUAGGCGCAGCUGGCCGGUCAUGGGCCGCCUGAGCUGAGUCUCCACUUAGGAGCUGCUCAAGGAUACUUGUAACCUGUUUUUUUUCACACAGUGAGAAGAUAUAAUCAGACAG